AUGGAUCGAUUCAUCCGGAAAGACGAAGACGAUGCCCUGCCGCUAUAUUCCAGAUCGCAAGAAGGUGGGAUGCUGGCAAGCCCAAGGGACUUGGAACCGUCGCGAUCCAGUUCGAGGGCGAGCCAUCGCACAACGUCUGCCCAGUCCAGAAGUGUUGCCGACGAAUACUCGUUCCUGACGCCGACCGAAGUCGCCGCACGACUGAAAACAUCACUAACACAUGGCCUCACCCCUGGCGAAGCUCUAUCGAGGCUACGCGACCAUGGCCCCAACGAGAUCCCCCACGACGAGCCCGAGCCUGUAUGGCUGCGCUUUCUCAAACAAUUCCAGGAGCCCCUAAUAGUAUUACUCUUGGUCUCUGCUGGCGCAUCGAUUGUGGUGGGGAACAUGGACGACGCCGUAAGCAUCACGGUAGCCGUGACCAUUGUGGUGAGCGUGGGGUUUAUACAAGAGUACCGCUCCGAGAAGUCGAUCGAGGCGCUCAAUCACCUGGUUCCUAAUCACGCCCAUCUUGUGCGAAAGCAGGCACCCAAGGGGUCGUCCGGAUCUCGCUCGCCAAACUGGCCAGGGGCCGGCGACAAGACCCCUGACCUGACUGACGGCUCCAUUACCCCCGAAGAAGAGGUCCUCGAGGCAACCUCAUCCAAGGUCAUGGCUGCGCAAUUGGUCCCUGGGGAUCUGGUGGUCUUUACCACUGGCGACCGCAUUCCCGCCGAUAUUCGGGUAACCAAGGCCACCGACUUGACCAUCGACGCCUCAAAUCUUACGGGAGAGAACGAGCCUGUCAGAGUUACGGCCGGGGCACGCCGCCGAAGCGGACCCGGACUACCCAGCUACAACAGCACAACCCUGCAACUGCCCAGUCCUUCGUCUGCCACACCUGCCAAUGGCGCGGCGGGUGAUGCCAAGAGAGAUGAUGGAGCGCAAAAUAUUGCCUACAUGGGAACUCUGGUGAAAUCUGGCCAUGGGCAAGGUAUCGUGUUCGCGACAGGUGGGAACACACAUUUUGGAACAAUUGCAACGAGCGUCUCGGGCACUGAGAGCCCACGGUCGCCAUUGCAGGUGUCGAUGGACGGACUAGGGACCCAGUUGAGCAAGAUGUCCUUUGUCAUCAUUGGGCUCAUUUCCCUCAUCGGCUGGUUUCAGGGGAAGAAGUUGCUUGAGAUAUUUACCAUUUCGAUCUCUUUGGCUGUGGCCGCGAUCCCCGAAGGUCUCCCCAUCAUUGUCACUGUGACCCUUGCCCUGGGUGUUCACCGGAUGGCUAGGCAUAAUGCUAUCGUUCGCAAAAUGCCCAAGGUUGAGACUCUAGGAUCCGUCAAUGUAGUCUGCACAGACAAGACGGGAACCUUAACAAUGAACCAUAUGACGACCGCAAAGAUGUGGUUCUUUGGUGUGGACGACGCCUUUGACGUUGAUUCCGAUGAUGAGGCGACUGAGACGAAGCCCGAUCCUGCUACGCUUAGAAUCUUGCGCAUUGGCAACAUCGCCAACAACGCACGCCUCGCGCGCAAGUACACUGAAAACGGUGCCGCCGCCAGAGCCGUGCUGUCCUCCACGCAGGGUCGAGAUCAUGCCUCGACAUACACACGCUGGGUCGGCCAACCGACCGAUGUCGCUAUGCUUGACCUCCUGGAUCGGUUCAAGGAGCACGAUAUACGAGAUUCGAUCGGGCCCCGAGUCAGUGAGACGCCCUUCAGUUCCGAACGCAAAUGGAUGGGAGUCACAAUUGGCACCGAAGGGGGGAAGAGUGACAAGGAGUUUGCCUACAUCAAAGGUGCAAUCGACAAGGUUCUCGAAGCCUGCGACUCUUAUGUCACGAAGGACGGAAGAGAAAUAGUCAUGGACUCGACCCGGCGGCAAGAAGCCUUAGACGCGGCAGAGAGAAUGGCAGCCCAGGGUCUCCGAGUCCUGGCUUUUGCGAGCGGGCCUGUGACAAGGUCCGCAAGAAGCAGAUCUGCUGUGGCUAGUGGUGGGAGCAACAGGCCAGAAAGCCCAGCCCCUCACGGCGUAGAGGAGCAUUACAGGGGUCUCACUUUUGCAGGUCUGGUAGGCAUGAGUGAUCCUCCCCGGCCAGGUGUCGCACGCUCGAUCAGAAAACUGCUGCGUGGCCGUGUCAAGGUCAUCAUGAUCACUGGCGAUGCCGAGACAACGGCUGCCGCGAUCGGCAAGCAACUUGCGAACCAAAUCACUGUCAAGCCAGUAUUGCGCGGCGACGAAAUCGACAACAUGUCUGAGGAGGACCUGGCGAGGGCGAUGGACCAUACGACCAUCUUCGCCCGGACCAACCCCGACCACAAGAUGAAAAUCAUCAGGGCGCUUCAGUCCCGUGGCGAUAUUGUCGCCAUGACGGGUGACGGGGUCAACGAUGCGCCGGCGCUGAAAAAGGCCGACAUUGGCAUCGCGAUGGGCAUGCACGGCACCGACGUUGCCAAGGAGGCGGCCGACAUGAUCCUGACCGACGACGACUUUUCCACCAUCCUCCACGCCAUCGAAGAAGGAAAGGGCAUCUUCAACAACAUCCAAAACUUCCUAACCUUCCAGCUCAGCACCAGCGCCGCCGGCCUCUCUCUUGUCCUGAUCUGCACCGCUCUGGGGUUCAAGUCGCCUCUGAAUGCGAUGCAGAUCCUUUGGAUCAACAUCAUCAUGGACGGACCCCCAGCCCAAUCCCUCGGCGUCGAGGCCGUAGACAAGGACGUCAUGAACCGCCCCCCUCGCCGCCGCAACGACGCCGUGCUGACGCGGCCCCUCGUCGUCCGCGUUUUCACCCAAGCCGCCAUCAUCAUGGCCGGCACCAUGCUGGUCUACACGCGCGAGAUGCUUGAGGACGGCCAGGUGACGCGCCGCGACACCACCAUGACGUUUACCUGCUUUGUGCUCUUUGACAUGUUCAACGCGCUGACGUGCCGGUCCGAGUCAAAGUCGGUCCUGCGCGGCGAGGUUGGGUUGUUCGCGAACGUCCUCUUCAACUGGGCCGUUUCUCUCAGCCUGAUGGGUCAGUUGCUGGUUGUCUAUUUGCCUUGGUUGCAGGAAGUGUUCCAGACUGAGGCGCUUGGUUGGAGGGAUUUGCUGGGCUUGGUUGUGCUCUGCAGCAGUGUUUUUUGGGUUGAUGAGGGCAGGAAGUGGUGGCGUUAUGGUAGGAAUGGUGGUGGGUGGGGGGUUACGGGAUCGGGAACGGGAAGGGGCGGCAGGAGGGGAGGAGGAGGCGCGUUGGCUGCUGCUGGGUAUAGUCAGGCUGUUUGA